GAUAAAAAUUUAAAGCAAGCCAACAGUACUCUACACGGAUGUGGACGUUGCUCGAUCUGGCCAUAUACUGGUGGCAAAGUCUAAUCACCAAUGAAAGGCAUGACUUGUGAAAGGCAUAUUGAAACUGACUAUACUGAUAUAACAUUCUCUGUUCAAGGCCAGGGCAGCUUGCACUUUUCACAUGACAGGUUCAGUAUUGAGAUCAACACUGUCUAAAAAUAUAAACCACCACAAUUUUACUUCAAAUCGCAUUUAAUUGUUUAAUUGUUGGAUAAAAAGCAUAGUCAAUCUGUUUUAAAAUUAAAAACAUUCCUGAUACGAAACUAAUAGCUACUGCGCGUAUAUGUAAACCCAUCAAAAUAAUUUUUUCUCUUCAAGUUCAUUAAUUCAAUUUGAAAGUGAAAAAAAAAAAGAUAAUAUUGCUCAUUAAGAUAAACCGGAAUAAUAUGAAAUGACACUUUGAUGAUUGCCAUAGCAAAGCAUAGGAUAAGUUGAUAUUUUACUUCAAAGUUUUGGGACCAACUAAGCGUGAUUCUCAGAGCCAGCUGGUAUAAAUAUAAAAUAUGCAAUAGAAACUCGUGGACUCAAAUAUAUAUUGAACAGAAGAAAAGAAUAGAUCUGAAAUAUGUGACUUGAGAUAAACCAUAAGAAUUACAGUGCUCAGCACAUUGUUCACGUUUUCCAAAUGUGGACAUCACGCCCUGCAUUAAUGUCAAAUUUAGGUCAAUACGUGAAAGAUAUACUGAAACAGACCAUAAAGAAAACUUUUCACAUUUCCUUAUCGCAGGUCAACACGUACUGUCUUUAAAACUAUAUAAAUACCCGCAAAGUCAGGUUAAUCCAUCAUUUAACUAUGAGUUUAUGAUGAAAAACUGCUAUAUUUUUGCUGUACUUAUAAAGAUUUAAAUGUUACUGAUUUUGUAUUUUAAAGUAAUUGCAUUUUGAACUAAAAAGUAAUGUGAUAAAGCGACACAACUGUGUUCACGACACUGAUUAUUUGUGUUUAAAAGUAAGGACUAUAGGACCUUUUACUUUCAAUCUACCAGUUUUAAUUAUUAAGUUGGUCACUUAACUCUACGCAAACACAACAUACCUGAGAUAGGUGGGUUACCAUAAUUUUGAAAUUGAGACUGUGAAAUACAUUCGGCUUGAGAAAAAUAAAGUUUGGAUUUACUAAUUUUGUUUUGAAUAUUUGCAAAAUGUUAAAUACAGCUAAGUUCGGCGCGCUGGGUACAAUCUUUUUAAUAUCAUGUUUAUGUGGAUUUGCUUUACCUUACUGUGUGAUAAAGGUUCUCCAAAAAAGAUACAAUAAAUCCACUAACACAGUGAACAAUGUUCUCAGUGUUUUAAACUGUUUCUCCGGAGGAGUUUUCUUUUCUACUUCAAUUCUUGUUCUGCUCCCGGAAGCGCGGGAACAGAUUCAAAGCGCGGAAAUAAAAUUCAACGAUGACGAAAACUAUCCUGCAUCAGAGCUGAUUCUUGGCAUCGGAUUUUUACUCAUUUUGAUUAUAGAGAAUGUUACAAUAGCUUGCCACAGAAGACACACACGUGUAAAUGAUAACCAGUACCGUUUUGAAGCAAAGAAGCCGAUCCAAAAUGGCGGAAGUGGACACAUGAUGGUUACAUCCAUAUCAAUGACCUCAAUGGAACUCAAAGACAAUAAAGACGCUUCAAGUACUUUAUCUGAAUCACGAACUGACGAGAACAACGCCGAUGGACAAUUUUUCGGACAAGACAUGACUAAUUUACGCAACAUGAUUCUGUUGAUGGCCUUUUCAAUUCAUAUGGUAUUCGAUGGAUUAGAGUUGGGACUCCUUCACGACGAAAAUAAAGUGUGGUCGAUUCUUCUUGCAUUAAGCAUUCAUAAAGUUCUUAUUUUCUUCAGCAUUGGUCUGAAGAUGUGCGAGACUACCAGUUUCGUUAAGUUUGCGAUCGCAAUGGUUUAUUUGGCUGCUGUUUCACCAAUUGGUGUAGGAAUUGGAAUUGCCUUAUCAUUAGAGGGAGAAAGUCUUGCAACUAACCGAGCAUCGGCUGUUCUACAGUCAUUUGCUGUGGGAACGUUCAUUUACGUUGCAUUAUUUGAAAUAUUACUGAAAGAAUUUUUACCUAACGAGGGUAAUAGACUCUUAAAGUGCAGUGCUACAGUACUAGGAUUUGCUUUGUUUGCAAUGACCAUUACCCUUUUACCUGACUAAAAAUAUGUCAUUUCUUUAUUUCUAGUGUAUGUUAUCUUACUUUUUUCUCUAUUUCUUAUUAUUUAUAUAUAUUAUAUUGGUUUUGUCAAGGUUGAUUAGAUCUACUAUGUGAUUUAAGUAAUACACGAUUCAUCAUUAUU